AUGGAUAAUAAUAUUGAAAAAGAGUUACUUCAAAAAUCCUAAAUCCAUGCUGAAAGCUUACUUAAGAUGGUUAAAAAACAUAAGUCUGAAAAUCAGGCUUUAAUAACUUAAAUCUAAUAAUUAUAAAAACAAAUUAGUUCAUAAGGAGAUAGCUAAGAAAUAUAGAGAAUUCAAAAAGAAAAUUUAUAUUUGGCCAAAGAAAAUGAAUAGUUAAUUAAUUAGUAGAAAGAGUUAACUCAACAAAUUUAGGAUCUAGAAUUUUAAAAUAAUUAUAUGCAAUAGUAAUUAAAUUAAAAUUAAAUGAAAUCAGGAAUGCUUUAAUUAUAGAAUUCAAAUUUAUAAGAUGAUUUAUAUAUACGAUUCUAACAAUUAGAAUUUGCUUAUAGAAAAGCUGUAAAAGAAAAAGAGGCAUUUUAAUAAGAAAAUGCAAAAUUAAUAGAGGAAAAAAAUUAAAUUUAAAAUUAAUUAUUAAUAGUAGAAGAACUAUAUAGAUAAGCAAAAAAUUAAUCAAAUUUAUCAAUGUCUAUGUCAAUGUAAACAAUGGAAUUAUGUAUAUAAAAUAUUAAUUAUGUAGCAUAAUAAUUAAUUGCUUAAAAUGAUUAUAAUAAAUCAUAAAUUUAAAGAAGUAAAAAAAAGGAUUCUAUUAAACUUUUUGAAGAAUUUUACAUAGUGUCUUCUCCCUCUACUUCUAUAAAAUAUGAAAAUCCAGAACCUAUGGUAUUAUUUAAACAUCCUAUACAAUGUGAAGAUGAGCUAAAGACUCUAUUUUAAGUUUUACCUUUAUUUGCUUUUCCAAGAGGGAUAAAAUGCUAACUGUCAUAACAAGCUAAAAAAGAUAUUUUAAAGUAUAAUAUAUCAUAAUUAGAGUUUUAUAGGAUGAUUAAUUAACUGAUUUUUCACUUUAAAUCUUCACUCCAAACAAAGAUUCUGGAAAAGAUAUUUAAAAUGAAUUCAUUCGAAAUUCUAACCCAGAUCAACUACUUUAUGCUGUAAUUAUUUCAGAGCAAGAUUUUAUUGCGGAUAAAAGGUUAACAGAUUCCCAUGAUUUGGUAAAACAAAAGAAAUUAGGUAAUCCAGCAUAAAAUAUAUAUUUAUCUAAAAUGGCAUAUAUCAUUUUAACCUAUUAUCCAUAUCAUAAGUUAUUCUUUUAAAUAAUAAAAAAUAUCAUCAAAACUUUGAAAUUCGAAAGAAAUUAACUUUCUAAAUAAGCUAUUGAAUAAGAAUAUGAUUUAAGAUAGAUUGAUUAAUAUUAUUUUACAAACCAUGAAAACUAAAUCAGAAAAUAUUUGGAUUAAAUACAAUAACUUACUCUUACAAAAAUAAUAUAACCAGUUAAGUUAUUUGAUAAUACAGAGUUUAUUCAAAAUACAUAAUUAAGUCCAAUUUUAUAUAAUUUUGAAUUGGCCCCUAAUAAUUUAUUGUAAGGAUGGUCGGCAUCUACAUUUGUUUCUGCAUUUUAAGCAGUAGUGUUGGAAUCUAAAAUUGCCAUUAUUAAUAGAUCAUAAAAACAUAUUGCUUAUUUAAUGAUCUUAUUAUCACUUUGUAUCAAACCAUUAAAUUAUUUUCACCCAUUUAUUUUUGAUGUUCCUGAAAAAUUAAUGCCUCUUUUAGAUGCUCCAGUUCCAGUAUUUUUAGGUUUACAAUUAGAACAAUUUCGUUAAUUUAAUGACGAUGUUGUUUAUAUAAAUACAAUUUCUUCUAACGUGGAAAUAGAAAAUUUUGAAAAAAUUUAAAGUGGUUUAUUAAAUGAAUUGGAAAACUAAAUAAAAUCAGUUUUAAAUAACUUCAAUAUAAUUUUAAUCAAAAAAAUUGAAUUAUUAUUAAAUACUUUUAAAGAUUUCAUGAACUAAGCAUUAAAUAAGAUUUAAAAUAAAUAAACGAAAGAUUUGUUCUUAUAAAAGAUUGAAGAGACUUAAAUUUAUUAAAUGUAUAAAUGA